AUGUCACCCACAGUCGACCCUGACUUCAUCCCUUCCACCAAACAUUCGCACGAACCGUCUCAAAAUCCAGUCAGAGUUGAGCAGGCGCAAAAGAAGAAGAUGAAGCGGAAACCAAAGGCCCAACCAAAGACCCCGGCCAAGCCAGCAGGACCGAUAACAUCAUGGGAGGCCGUCUGGCUCGCGUACCAUGAUGUAAGGGCAAAGUACCCGAGACUGCACAACACGCCCACGUCACCACAUCUACGGGUUCUUCUCAAUCUCCCGGCCGUGAGGGAGCUCCGAUUUAAUGAGCACUACGGACGCAGGCACGAAUUUAGCCUGGCGACGACGACACCGACCAAGAACCGCAACCUCAAAGCCGCCCUCACACAAGCAUCUGCCGAGCUAUCGGAGCAGACGUGUACGCGCUGCGCCAACCACAAGAACCCCUGGGAUGUUUGUGUCGGUGGUUUGGGAUGUGCUGGAUGUACAUAUAAUGGCCAGAGGUUCAGAUGUUGCCUACCUGAGCCCGUUCCCCCUUCUGAGAACCAAGAGAUAGCGGCCGAGAGUUCUGGAGGACUGGUGCUGGGCCAUAUGGGCUCUACAUCGCCUCUCAGGGCAAUAGCAGAAGAGAGCCUUGGCCUGUUCCACCUAAGGUCUGGAAGGGUAUUGUCCCAGAUUGCCAGCGAGGUUCCUGGAAGUAGUGACUUUGAGGAUCAGCCAAAUCGUCGGCAUACUGGAUCGUCAGAGGGUCAUGCAGAACCCGUACUUCCCACAACUCCAGAGCGCCGCAGACAGAUACAGGCCAUGACAGACACAGAGAGGAUGGGCGCACUGCGUAUUGCUACGCUGGACCUGCGGCUCCUGUAUGAGGUGAUGCUGUCCGAGGGCAAGAAUUGA